UGCCUUUUUCAUCUUUACAAUGACCUACGUUAGCGAUUCGGUUGGUCAAUUGCCUCCCUCCAACUCAAGACAGCCUCAGCCAGCUGUACCGACCCUGACUCCUCAGCAAGUACAGAGUGAUUCUGAACCCCAUGGUCAUCGGCAGUCGGACAUUCCCAUCCAAGCGAAUAAAGAACAAAGCGAUCCACGGGCACCUCAAAUAACAAACGUCGCGGAUAAAGAAACUGUUUAUCAACGGAUCCUGCUUAUAAAUGGAAGAGCUGGUCCAACUGAUAGGAAAUUCGAAACAACGGUAACCGUCGUCACCCAUGGAUUCCCAGCCAUUCACUGGCCGUGUGUGGAUUCACACUUUAAAGCUCUGGUGCACCUGGUGCCUGGACCAAAUACAAUAUCAUUCAUUAUGAAUGAACCGAAUGGACAGCAACAUACAACUCACUUUCAUGUAACAUAUGUUCCUCUUACACAAAACGGUCCUUUGUAUCUAGUUAUCAUGCUGGCAUCUGAUUCUCCUGCAACAUUUGAUGUACCACCAGAGAAGCGGCAAGAAAACUGUUUGGACGUAGCUAUCGAAAAGUUCCGUAUGUGUGCAUACAUGUGGCAAGCCUUUAUGUCUGAGCAAUUUUAUCGUAAUGGAAUGGGUCGUCGCGCACUCCGACUUGACGAAAGGUUCAUCCCAGAUACCAUUUCAGCCCAGGACAAAGGAACAUUGCGUCAAACAGCUUAUGUCCACGUCAUAAGGUCGCGAAGAACCCUCAAGGAGUGGAGAGAUUUACGACGUGCACAGCAAAGCCCUGACCGGGAGGAUGACUUCCAAGAUUUAUUUUCUCUUUUCAUAGAAGGGCUUAGAGACUACGGAGCUCCGUUCGACAAGCAAUGUACUGUUGCUGGACUGAUGUUGGACUCUCAUUGGGACGUGAAAACCAACGUAACUAGGGCUCAUGCAGCAUUAGGCGGUGGAACUGGUGAUUUGUCGUUAGGUAUAUUUGGAUCCCACCUAACACAUGCGUGGCCGCGCAACAUCGAAGAUAUCGUUCCAGCAUUCAUGAACACUACCAAAACCGACACCCGAUAUGUGGCCAAUGAUGCCAAUGAGUCCGGAGAAUGGUGGAAAGCGGCCAAUAUUGGUAUGGGAGCUAUGUUGCACGAAGUGGGCCAUGCUCAUACUCUUACGCAUACGGCAAGCGGCAUCAUGAGCCGUGGAUACAACAACUGGAAUCGGACAUUCAUGGUAAAAGAGCCUGGCUUAGCUCCCAUACCUCCUCACCAAGAAAAUGGCUCACACUGGCACCGGGUUGAUAUGCUGCGUCUUCGCUUCCACCGGGCUUUCCGUAUACCAGAAGACGGCUAUUGGGCGCCAAAAAGCGAUGUUGGACCCACCUUUGCACCGCUUGCAAGCAAUAAAGUAACCAUUUCCGCUCCAGCUGGAUUAUCUAUGCUGGAACUCAUAGUCAAUGGGUCCUAUCGAACGCAUCUUGAAUGGCCAGAACCUCAUGAUCAGCCUACAUCCUACAUCGUAGACAUAGAUCAGAUGAAAAAGAAGGCAAAUUGCGGCCCACACGAGAGACUCAGGUUGGAGGCAACUUCCUGCAACUCUCAAUCAUCGGAUGUAGACAACGUCGACGAAUUCGUAAGGAACCACAUUAUAACCUUACCAGGUGUUCCAGGAGUUGUUUUCAAGAGUAUGCCACUCGGCCAUAGGGGCCUGAAUGGUGAUCAGAAAUCAUCCGUUAUCCUGCUUCCGACACCCCAACGAUAUCUUGUAAGCAUACGUGUACACCACGGAGGGUUUUUCGAUGGUAUGGUCUUUCGAUGGAGCGACGGCACAAGUAAUGUUCUCGGUACGCAAGGUGGUGGUGCCACCGAAUUUAACUUGAAGCCAGGCGAAUAUCCGACCAAGUUUAUUGUUCGAAGCGGCGGUUGGGUAGACGGGCUACAAAUCCUUACAAACACCGGACGAGCAAGCCCUUGGUUCGGAGGUCAAGGAGGAGGACUCGCUGAAUUAGAAGCACCAGCUGGCCAACAAUUGGUUGGGCUGUAUGCCACUUCUGGAGCUUGGAUGGAUAGCAUUGGCAUUAUGUAUAACUCAAGCUCAGGUAGCCCUCCUCCGUAUGUACGAUAUCAAUCCAGACCGUAGGGUGGGGGAAUGCAUUCAACGAUACCUCAGAGCUGACGAAUUCUUGUCGUUCUUGUGAUAACACCUGUAUCCUU